AUGUCCUCCAAAACUGAGAGAGCAUGCAUGCUCUGUGGUAUAAUUCAAACGUAUCGGCGUUUUCUUGAACAAGGUUGUCCAAACUGUGAGUCUGUGUUGCAUUAUGCCGACAAUGAAGAUGGCCAAAUCCAAGAUUGUACGUCGCCUUCUUUUGAAGGCUUGGUAGCGUUGGGCGAUGACAACAAAGCUUCAUGGGUGGCCAGAUGGCUCCGUAUUGACUCCUUUGUUGCAGGAUUGUAUGCUGUCAAAGUCAACGGAAAAUUGCCGGCGUAUAUCAUCAGCCAGUUGGAAAGAACAGAACAUUAG